CAAUGACCAUCCUUUGGGCGACAUCGAUCCAUUGCGCUGCUUACAUCUCGGCAAGCAACGUCCCUUGUAGGUUCAUUCCGGCAGGAACUCGCACAUUGUGUGCAAGUACUGGUACCAUGCCACUGUACGAGCUCCUUUGCAUAGCAGCUUACUCUGCCGAAUCUGCCCUCUUGCGGGAUCUGAUUCGGUCUUCUUCUCGUCUCGUCUUGGACAAUGGAGGCGCUGUUAGAGGCGUCCAAUAUUGGGGCCGCAGAACGCUUCCGCAACGAGCAAGAGCACAUCAGCAAUGGCAUACAGAGGGAGACUAUUUCCUCAUGCAAUUCGACACAAACCCUCGAACUCUUGAAACGCUCUACGGACGAUUACGAGCGGACCCGCGGGUAGUCAAGUACACCGCCCUCAAGCUGGGUGACAAGCUGCAGGAUAUCGUCCCCAGCGUACUGCCAGCUUCAGGAUCAGGUAUUGGCCGGAUAGGGAUGGGCGGCAAGACCAUUCAAUGAGAAUCGCCCAUCCUAGUGUUUGAGAAGUCUUCCGUCCAUUGUAGCAUACAUAACCUGCCAAUCGCAACAUGAAGCGAGAGUUCGACC